GAUUAUGAAAACUUUGAAAAUUGGCCUUGACGUGGGACCUUAUUUUCAGGCCUCUCAAAUCUUCUGAAAAUAAAAAUUAUUCUAAUAAGAGGUGAGUGCUAAUAAGUUUCUGAUCCUAAAUUCUCAAUUAGGGUUCAUUAAUCUUUGUUUAAAUUCCUCGAAACCAAAUCCAAAGAGGUGAAGUAGUUUAUUCAGUUCUUUGAUUGAUCUUCGCAGUAAUGGCAAAAGCUUGCAAAUCGCAAGAAGAAGUUGCGAUUGAAGCAAUCAAUCAUGCUUCGAAAGCUCUUCGGAAACGCCAUUUGCUCGAAGAAGCCGCUCAUGCUCCUGCUAUUCUCGCACUAUCUAGACCCAUCGUUAUCCAGGGCUCUGAGUGGAAAGAGAAAACAGAGAACUUGGAAUUGGAACUUCAACAAUGCUAUAAAGCUCAAUCUCGGUUGUCUGAGCAACUUGUUAUGGAAGUAGCUGAUUCGAGAGUUUCAAAAGCUUUGGUUCAAGAGAAAGAAACUGCGAUUGCUGAUAUGCAGAAGGAGUUAACAGAAUUGAGGGAUGAAUGCGCUCAAUUAAAGACGGAUUUGGAACAAAAGAUUCAAGAAGUAGUGUUAGUUGUGAGUGAGAAUUCACAACUUAAAUCACAACUGAAGGAGAUGACUACUACGGCCAAUAAAGCUGAAGCUGAAAAUAAGAUGCUGAUUGACCGCUGGAUGUUAGAAAAAAUGAAGGAUGCUGAACGCAUAAAUGAGGCAAAUGCACUGUAUGAAGACAUGGUUCAGCGGCUAAGAGCUAGUGGUUUAGAACAACUUGCAAGGGAACAGGUAGAUGGAAUUGUUCGGCGAAGUGAAGAAGGUGCUGACUUCUUUUCAGAGUCGGACAUCCCUUCCAUGUGCAAAUACAGGCUAAAUGCACAUGAAGGAGGUUGCGCUUCCUUACUGUUUGAGUACAAUUCUAGUAGAUUGAUUACCGGAGGACAGGACCGUUCAGUUAAAGUGUGGGAUACAAAUACAGGAUCCGUAAGUUCCAAUCUUCAUGGCUGCCUUGGCUCAGUAUUGGAUCUUGCUAUCACACAUGAUAAUCGAUCUGUUAUUGCUGCAAGCAGCUCAAACAACUUGUAUGUAUGGGACCUGAACUCAGGCCGGGUCCGUCAUACCCUUACUGGACACUCAGAUAAAGUUUGCGCUGUUGAUGUCAGCAAGGUUUCAAGUCGUCAUGUUGUCAGUGCAGGUUAUGACCGAACAAUAAAAGUUUGGGACUUGAUGAAAGGUUACUGCACAAAUACAAUCAUGUUUCACAGCAACUGCAACGCUCUUUGCUUCAGCACAGAUGGGCAGACCAUAUUCUCCGGACACGUUGACGGUAAUCUCCGUUUAUGGGACAUUCAGUCCGGAAAGCUACUAAGCGAGGUUGCUGCGCAUUCGCUUGCCGUCACAUCAAUAUCCCUAUCUCGAAACGGAAAUAUUGCAUUGACAAGUGGAAGGGAUAACUUGCACAAUUUGUUUGAUGUUCGAACGCUGGAAGUUUGCGGCACAUUAAGAGCUUCCGGAAACAAAGUGGCUUCCAAUUGGAGUCGAUCGUGUAUCAGCCCAGACAACAAUCACGUUGCUGCUGGGUCUGCUGACGGAUCUGUUCAUAUAUGGUCAAUAUCUAAAGGUGACAUAGUGAGUACUCUAAAGGAGCAUACUUCUUCUGUUCUCUGUUCGAGUUGGAGUGGAAUGGGAAAACCCUUAGCUUCAGCUGACAGGAAUGGGAUUGUUUCCAUCUGGUCAUAAUCGAGGCGCGGUAAAACUCAACUAUACGGUUUUUAAAUUAGCUGGCUGAAUUUUAUUGAACUGUUUCAUGUUUAUACACGACAACACCAUUCAAAUUUUUAAUAUGAUGUAUAUAAUUAUAUUAACUCUUGACAAGGUACUUUUAUUUAGACUAGUCUUUCUCAAUAUCUGAA